AUGAGCGGCUCCAGGGCGCGGGCGGCGGCGGCGGCGCCGGGCCCGGACAAGAAGCUGCCGCCGGCCUCCGCGGGGCCGCUCAGCCGCCUGCGGGGCCGACGCGGGUCGGCCGAAGCGCCGCCACGGCAGCCCUGGACCGAGUCCGAGUUGCUGGCGCUGGAGACCGUCCGACCCGAGCACGUCCUGGGGCUGUGCCGGGUGACGGAGAAUUAUUUAUGCAAACCUGAGGACAACAUUUACAACAUUGACUUCACCAGGUUUAAAAUCCGGGACCUUGAAACUGGAACAGUACUAUUUGAAAUUGCCAAGCCAUCUGCUUCAGAGCAUGAUGAAGAGGAUGAAGAUGACAGCAGUGAACUGGACGCAAGUGCAGGUCGCUUUGUUCGGUACCAGUUCACCCCAGCGUUUCUCCGUCUUCGGACUGUUGGCGCAACAGUGGAAUUCACAGUGGGAGAAAAGCCAGUGUCAAACUUCCGAAUGAUUGAGAGACAUUACUUCCGAGAUCGCUUGCUGAAGAACUUUGAUUUUGAUUUUGGCUUCUGCAUCCCCAGUAGCAGGAACACAUGUGAACACAUUUAUGAAUUCCCUCAGCUCUCAGAAGACCUUAUCCGUCUGAUGGUUGAAAACCCGUACGAGACGCGCUCGGACAGCUUUUACUUUGUGGACAACAAGUUGAUUAUGCACAACAAGGCCGACUAUGCUUACAAUGGAGGACAGUAAUCAUUCUGGAUGCUGUGAUGCCCUUAACCAUUCCAGAUGUGCAGGAGUGGACUGGAGUUGCUGUCUGCUGCAGCAAGGCUUCUUGCCAAACUUCUUCUCUGUGAAUGAGGCUGAGAACGUGAAGCAAAGAUGACGGCUCCUGAAAGGAAAUCUCCCUGCAACACCUCUCUCUCUGACACUCAGCAUGACCUGCCUCUCCUUCUCUGAUCCUGGCUGUCUUCUGAUAACUUUGCCUAGGUCAGUGAUCAGAGGCACUCUUAGACAAUUAGACAAUUCUUGCUCUUAGUCGUUCUGGUUAGGUUGCACCUUUAGUGCUUCUGAUGUUUCACCUCUUGAGUGAAUAUCCUUUUUCAACAGGUCAGAUUGUUUGUGUUAAGCUAUUGCUUAGCAGGAAAAUCUUAACCCCUUCAAGUAGCCAGUGAUGCUUGGAGAGCUGAUCUUUUGUUGAGUUGGAUAGAUCAUCUCUUCAGUGGCAAUGGUUUUGUUUGUGGCAUGGUUGACAUUGUUUUUUAGGGUGCACCCCAAUAUUCUUCAGUGGGAAAGAAACUAAUUCAGCUUCUAAGCAGUGCAGGAAUAUUCCAUCUGCCUCUGGGGACCUCUCUGUUUUGCCAGAGAUUUCACUAGAGAUAGGAGAUAGGGGGAAAAGGGGUUAGCCCUCUGAUAGCAUUUCUGUUUGAGCUUUUGUGAGCAAACUGUUGAGCUUUGGAGCUCAGGUGUCAACCUUAGAGCUGAAGUUAAUCUCACUAUAUUUACCAUUUCUCCUUCUUCCCUUUAUAGGAAUUUUGGCCCUUGCUACAGAAUGUAUUGCUUUUUAGGUGGACAGCAUAUUGUCAGCCUGACUGGGGUGGAGGUGUGACUCUGCUGGGGCUUAGAGGAAAAAGGGAGAAUGUGGAAAAUCACUUGAAAAAUAAGUAGGAAGCCGAGCUUCCUAGGCUUCAGUCUCUACUUGUAAACCUGUCUGGUCUGUCAGAGUUGGUGUGAGCAGCACCAGCUCAUUUCCUUUGUUGCAGUGGAGAUACUGGUAGCUAAAAGCUUCCCAGGUCAGAUCACUCAGUGUUACAGAGUGGGAUUCUUGGAAAGUGAGAAUGUACAUGGUUCUCUCUUUUAUUAUUCCCAUCACUGCUCUGCCUGCUUAGCUGCUUAUUUAUGGUUUAGGAAGUCAUGCUGCCAAGGUUGAUACCACAGCUGUGUUUUGAUCUGGCAAUGGGAGAUAGCGUCAUGCAGUGGGAAGAGGAGGACCUGUGUCUUGCCAAGUAGCUAUGCUGGGGCCCAGCUCCCAGCUGUGCAAAAUCUCAGCUAUCAAAACUCUUUUUUGCCAGUUUUGCUGGCUCUCAAGACUGGUACUUUUCUUGUCUCUUGUUAGGGGAGUUAGGUUGUGUCUAGACUGGAGAUCUUUCCUAAUACUAGUUUCAUUUGUUCUUAAGACAGUUAAAACCUAACGCUUUGAUGUUCACCUGUUGUGUUAAGAGGGAUUCAGCAUAGUUAGUGUUUCAGUAGGAUUGAGUGAGGCAGACAUCAGAGCCUAGAGCCUGUUAAUGCAUAGACAGCAAUAGGAAACCACUGCCUUUACUUCCAGAUUAGUGAAAGCAGCUUUGGCAUGGAACAUCAGCUGGCAUCAGAGUAAGCAGCGAGAGUGUGUGGGAUAGCAGCCAUGAAAGAAUCUCCAGCUCUUAGGAAGAUAUUUAAUUAUGAUUAACCACAACAAAUGACCUGUUCUGGGUGGAGCGUUAAUCAUGAGCAACCACAACAAAUGUCUUGGGAAUGUGGAGGGGCAAGGUCUGCCUGAUGGAAAGAUGAAGAACAUUUCUGCCACCAUCGAUCCCCUCCAGCAUCUCCACAAGCACUAAUGCACUCUCGUUUAGGAUCUUCAGGAUUAGUUAAAGCUCCUGUUGAGGUGGAGCUCGAGAUGGCUCUUGCAGUGAACACCUUCAGCAGCCCUCAUGCUGUGCCUCUGAGGUGGGAAGCAUUUGCUUUGCUCUAAGUUACUCACUACAAGGCAGAACUGCCUGGAAGUGUGCUUUUCAUCCUCAAGUGUUCAGAAAUAGUGUCUGAAGAGCCUACUAGUUACACCAUGGCAAAUUUUAGCAUAUUGAGCUGAAUUUUGUAUGUGGUAUAAAUCCAGGUGCCUUUAAACGUUACUUUUAUCACACUUUCUACGUGAAGCAACCUCUCGCUUUCCUUACGAGCGUGACGAUUCCCAUCUGUGUCUCUUGUCACUGUGAAGGUUCCUCAGAGGCCGAUGGGCUCGUGACCAGGGCGGGCACAGGGCACCCAGCGGCUGCUGGUGGUGGGAGCGCGCUGCCGGUGUCGGGUCCCGGUAGGAAAAGGGAAUUCCUGUCCUUGGCCAUCAGCGGAGAUGAGGAAACGGCACUGGGGCUGCUUUCACACUGGUGAAUGUGUCAGCUAUUCAGCAAUAAAAGGGAGAACUGGAGGAAAACCAGGAGGCUCGCAGGCAGCAAGUAGCAGCCUGCGGUUUUUAGCUGAGUUUGUUUGCUUUGCCAAAUCAGAAGGUCUUUGCCCUAAAAGCAUACUGCAGGAAAAAGAGGGCAACCCAGCACUGAAAAAGUUUAUUGUAAUCCUGAAAGUCAGGGAUUUCCAAACUCCUGUCCCUACUUUAGUCACUUCCUUAGUAUUCAUUUUCUCUUAGCUACUUUCUAUAAAGCCUCUUUUCUUUGUGGCAGGGAUGAUGUCUUUGGUAAACAUGGUUUAGCAGACCAGUUUCCUUCUAGAGUGUGUGCUCUGAUGUUUUAAUGAUGGCUCAAAGCUACUCAUGCCAGUGAGCUUGGAAGAAAUUCCACUGGGAUCACAUCCUUGACAGGUGAAUGGUCAGUCCUAGCCUGGUGCUGCAGGCAGUGGAGAUGCUUUCAGUGUCAGUUGGAGUUUGAGCAAGGGAAGAGCUAUCAAAGACAAAAAAGUUGGGACCAUACUGAGUUCUGCUCAAAGCUUCAAAAAGAAAGAGACCAAACCCACAAGCUCAUGGUAUAUUUUUUCCAGUAUUUGUCCUCUUAUUACCAGGACCUCCUUUUCCUAUUUUUGAGGCAAGGGCUUUGGAUCCAUGCCAGCAAACUUCCUGGACAGCUAUUUUCAUAGCUCGAGUGUGGAAUACAAACUGCACCUUGUGAAGGACGGUUAUCUCUCGUUGUAUGGACUGGGUACUUCUGUCCUUGUCCUCUGUUUUUAGUAGGAAAUGUCUUCCUUUGUUUGUGUACUUGAGGAUUUUCAAUGUCUCUUGUUGCAGAGAAGCAGCAGCCUCUUCUCUGGUGCUUGGGGAUGCUUAUUCCAUUAUCUGAGAGUUCGGGAAGAGUAAAACAAGUAGUCAGAAAUGAAGGAGGAAGGGGGUGGUGAAGCAGUAAGGUCCAAAUGUAGCAACUCUGUUUCUCAGCUCUGUGUUUCAUCGCAUCGUCUUCAGCUGUUUCCCAGUCUUCUGCCCUGCUGUCCUGUGGCACGGAGCUACUUUGUGCUACCCCAAGCAUGGCUCGCUGUUGGGUGUGACCCUCGGACAUAAACACUGCCAUCUCGUGUCCUUUCCGAGGACGAGGCUGAGUGAUGGCAGCCUGGCGGAGUCAGCACCUCUUCCUCUGCAGCAGCAGGAAAAUGAACACCAGCAAACGCCCUCUCUGCCUGCCUGGAUCCCAGCGCUGUUACAGGACGUGUAUUUAUAUCUCUCACAGCGUGGCCUUGGGGCUGCUGGCACACGGACUCGACUGUGCUGUCCCCUUCGGACCCUACUCCCGUGCCGUGGCAGCGCCGCGGGGCUGUCCUGGUGGCCGGGGUGUCCCCGCGGUGGCUGUGUUUGUACCCCCGUGGUUUUGUCACCAGCAGUAGGAAUAAAGGACCUUUUUUUUCUUUCCUUUU